GUCAAACAACCUACUGCUACUGGGAUCGAUCACUUACAAUGAAGUUCACUCUUCGAAAUGUCAAAAUGUAUACGUGUUAAUAUUCAACAUGCAAUUAUGUGUCAUCACUACUGCCGACUAAACUAAGAGCGGUCUAAUCCGUGAUUACAGGAUUUGACAGUCAAGCCAGUCAGGCAAGACGUUUACGUGUUAUUCCGAACAUCCGUUUCUCGUUAAAUCACAAAAAUUAUCUGCUAGAUUACAGAACUUGCGCAAUUCAAGAUUUUCGUAGCAGGCAGUCUGCCAAGAACUUUGAAGUGUCUACAAUAUCAGUGUAAUCAAACAGUUGGAUUUCCAUUCAAAGCCCGUAAGGAGCCUGCUGAGAUGAGCACUGCGAAAGAACAGCCGGGGCCCUCGAAGCCUUCGGGGUCAGCGCAGGAGGAAAAAGAAAGGGAUGAACGCAUGUUCGAAUGCAAUAUAUGUCUGGAUACAGCUAAAGAUGCUGUGGUCAGCAUGUGCGGACAUUUAUUUUGUUGGCCAUGUCUUUAUCAAUGGUUAGAAACCCGACCUGCAAGGCAACUCUGUCCUGUCUGUAAGGCUGCGAUUAGUAAAGAAAAAGUUAUUCCAUUGUAUGGACGCGGAAUUACCAAACAAGAAGAUCCAAGAAAUAACGUUCCGCCUCGACCAGCUGGACAAAGAUCAGAACCUGAAGCUAAUGCAGGAUUCUCAGGAUUUGGAUUCGGUGAAGGCGGCUUUCACAUGUCUUUUGGCAUCGGCGCAUUUCCAUUUGGUUUCUUUACAUCUACUUUCAAUUUUGGAGAGACAAGACCUGGCGCAGCUCCUCGUGGCAGCCCUCAAUUCGAAGAAGAGCAGUUCUUAUCCAAAGUAUUUCUGUGGGUCGCAUUGCUGUUCAUCUGUUGGUUACUCAUGGCAUAACAUUAUUCGUGAAUCAUGGCAACCGAUUUGAAACUGAAUUCUAAUACCUAAUUAUCCAGUUUCUUUGUACCUAUAUAUCGGCCUCUGCCAUUUCUUUUAAAAAAAUGAUUUCCAUCAAUCUUAUUGUACUAAAGCCUGCGUGGAUAUGAUGGUGGUAGUUGAUUUUUUUUUUUCUUAUGUCAGAUAGACAUACCAUUUAAAGAAAUUCUUGUAUCUGGAUGCAAAGAAAAGCAAAUGAUACUUAGAUUUUCAAAGUUAUCAAUACAUACAUCCACUUUGAUGAUUCAACUGGUAUUUGGUAAGUUAAAUGAAAUUGACAAAUCAAAAUAUCAAACCAAAAGAAAAUAUGAUAUACACGUAUACGUAAUAUAUUUUAAUACACUGGAUAAUGGUUAUAAACUGAAUAUAAGAAACUGAAAUAAAAAUGUAAAAUGUCAAAUAAUAGAAGUAGCUUGUAUCAUAAUAAUAUUAAUAGCAUCAAGGUGAAACAUCAUCAUAUCAUCUUGAAAAAAUAAUCUACAAUAGAGAAUAUAUAUCCAAGCAGGUGAUAAUUUUAUUUGGUUUUGGAAAUUUUACUAAUUAAAUGUAUAUAUGAUAUGUAGGUUUAUUAAGAAAUAUCU